AUGUCGUCGGGCCCAUAUUAUCAAGCGGAUGCUAUCACUGCGCACAGUAUUGACUCUGACUCAGACCUAGAGAUUGAUGAGCAGGAACUUGAUCUUGGAAAGGAUGGCCAACCAGGCAAUGAUCGAAAGAUUAGUCAUAUUCCCUUAAGAAAUUUGCGCAUGAGCGGGAUGAGAGUAGCAGGAAGACGAAAUCCUACCUCCAACAACUUAGAAAGAGAUAUAGAAGAUAUGCACGGUCUGCUGGAUGAUGAUCAUAACACAAAUGAGGUAAAUAAAUAUCCUGCUGAAGGAUUAGGAGAAAGCUCUCACAUUCCACACGAUUCUCGGCGACGACGAAGAGACACACUUAGCAAACUCGGGACUCACCUCUGGCCUUCGAGAUAUAGAGCAACCCCGAUGACCACAGAAGAUGCUAUCUCAGAAUCUCCGGAAGUAGAGCAUGAUCCGGCAUCUUCUCGAACGAUAUCUGUUGGAACGCUUCAGUCCGCACGGUUUCCUCCUAAUGCUGUUUCAAACGCAAAGUACACUCCAAUCAGCUUCUUACCCCGUACUCUCUACAACGAAUUCUCAUUCUUCUUCAAUAUGUAUUUUCUACUGGUUGCUGUUUCACAAGCUAUACCAGCAUUGCGAAUUGGAUACCUUUCAACAUAUGUGGUACCAUUAAUUUUCGUUAUGACGAUAACUUUAGGUAAAGAAGCAAUUGACGAUAUAGAGCGUAGGAAGAGGGACAGUGAGGCCAACUCUGAGGGCUAUACAGUAUUACGCUUUGACAAGCAAGAAUAUGUUGGUAUCAAAGGCUAUCAACGGAACAAGAGUUUUAAAUCAAAGAGUAAAAUGAAAGGAAAGAAAUUAAUACCGCUUGUGAGAGAAAGAUUAUCAGACAUACAGGAGGAAGAGGAAUCUGCGGAGAACGGUGAGGAAAACCUUCGACCGUCGUCUAGUGUUCGAGAGACUAUCUGCAAAUCUAGAGAUUUGAAAGUUGGUGAUGUAUUGAAGCUAGAAAAAGAUCAACGUGUUCCAGCUGAUGUUAUAAUCCUAAAGAGCUUUACGAACAAAUCUUUAGAUGCUCUACCAAUAGAAACCAAUAUACCACAAGAAUCUCUACUAGUGGAAACUAUCUCUGACUUCCCUCCAGACAAAAGACCGAACAAUCUAGCGCAAAUCCCUGAGCCAAUACCGCAGCCAAAAAAUAAGCAAAAAAUUGAUAGGGAGGGCUUUGGGGAGACAUUCAUUCGUACUGAUCAACUUGAUGGAGAGACUGACUGGAAGCUUCGGUUAGGAUCCCCUAUAACUCAGUCUCUUGAAGUCUCUGAGUUUGUACGGCUACGUAUUUUAGCCAGGAAACCUGAUAGGAAGGUUAACGAGUUUAUCGGUACAAUUGAGCUUUUACCAAAGACUGGUGCUGGGUAUGAUCCUUUUGUCCCUAAAAAAUCACCGAAAGAUGAAUCCUCAAACAACGAUGAGCCAUCUAAAAAUAAAAAUACAGCCCCUUUAAAUAUUGACAACACAGCAUGGUGCAAUACUGUACUCGCCUCAAAUGCCACGACCUUUGCAGCAGUUGUCUAUACCGGACCUCAAACAAGGUCUGCACUCUCUACAUCCUCGUCUCGCUCCAAAACUGGUCUUCUUGAGCAUGAAAUUAAUUCUCUUACUAAAAUCCUAUGUGCACUCACUCUCACAUUAUCUAUUGUUCUAGUAGUUUUGGAAGGAUUUGGACAGGUUGACGGCGUUCAAUGGUACGUGAAGAUUAUGAGGUUUCUAGUUCUAUUUUCUACCAUUGUUCCAAUCGGUUUACGUGUGAACCUUGAUAUGGGAAAAAGCGUCUAUUCAUGGUUUAUCCAAAGAGACUCAGACAUAAAGGGUGCAGUGGUUAGAACAAGUACAAUUCCAGAAGAAUUGGGGCGAAUAGAAUACCUAUUAAGUGACAAAACUGGAACUCUAACGCAAAAUGAAAUGGAGAUGAAAAAAAUCCACAUCGGAACUGUUUCGUACGCCAAUGAAGCUAUGGAAGAAAUCGCCUCUUAUGUAAAGCAAGGUUUUUCAAAACCCUCUAAUCAACCAUCUUUGCUUAUUACUCCAUCAUCAAAAUUUACUGUAUCAACUUCUACGUCGACUCGCACACGACGAGAGAUCGGGUCUCGCGUACGAGACGUCGUUUUAGCCCUGGCAAUAUGCCAUAGCGUUAUACCAACCGCUGAAGAAAAAGAUGGUGUUGCUGUAACAUCGUACCAAGCUUCAUCGCCAGAUGAAAUAGCUAUUGUCCAGUGGACUCAAGCCGCAGGUCUUCAGCUAACUCAUCGUGAUCGGAGGAGUAUGACCCUGCAAUCUAUCGAAACCGGUCGUCCUGUGGUUCGAGUCAAAAUUCUCGAGAUAUUUCCUUUUACUUCGAGCAGCAAGAGAAUGGGAAUAAUAGUUAAGUUCUUCGAAAACAUAGAGCUAGCAUCAAACGAUAUCGGAGACAGUCAAAUAUGGUUUUAUCAAAAAGGUGCCGAUUCUGUUAUGAGAUCCAUUGUUGCCUCCAACGAUUGGCUAGACGAAGAGGCUGCAAACAUGGCUCGUGAAGGACUUCGAACCCUAGUCAUUGGCAGAAAACAUCUUUCUACUCAAAAAUAUGAAGAUUUCGAACGAAAAUACAAAGAAGCAUCUCUAGCCAUAAAUAAUCGUGAUGAAGGCAUGACGCGCGUUAUAAAUCAAUAUUUAGAAUGCGACCUUGAGCUGCUCGGUGUGACCGGUGUAGAAGAUAAACUACAGAAGGAUGUCAAACCCUCCCUUGAACUCCUCCGAAAUGCUGGUAUUAAAAUCUGGAUGCUGACAGGAGACAAGAUUGAAACGGCUCGCUGUAUCGCCGUUUCUGCGAAGCUUGUUGCUCGAGGACAGUAUAUUCAUACUAUUAUUAGCUUAACGCGCAAAGACAAUGCUCAAGAACACCUAGAUUUUCUCCGCGGGAAGCAAGAAUCUGCACUUCUAAUUGAUGGAGAGUCACUUACUCUCCUACUUACGUAUUUCCGUACAGAAUUUAUCUCUAUCGCUGUUCUUCUACCUGCCGUCAUAGCCUGCCGAUGCUCUCCAACACAAAAAGCAGAUAUUGCAUCUUUAAUACGAACUUUUACCAAAAAGCGUAUAUGCUGUAUUGGAGAUGGUGGCAAUGAUGUAUCAAUGAUACAAGCUGCUGAUGUAGGUGUCGGUAUUGUUGGAAAGGAAGGCAGGCAGGCCUCUUUAGCCGCAGACUUUUCCAUUACACAAUUUUGUCAUCUGACUAAGCUCCUUGUCUGGCAUGGAAGAAAUUCGUACAAACGUUCUGCCAAACUCGCACAGUUUGUUAUUCAUCGUGGUCUAAUAAUUUCUGUCUGCCAGACAAUGUACAGUAUUGCCAUUAGAUUUGAACCGGAAGGACUCUACAAAGACUGGCUCUUAGUUGGCUAUGCUACUAUCUAUACUAUGGCACCAGUAUUCUCUCUGGUCCUUGACAAAGACGUUGAUGAAAACCUGGCAAAUCUAUAUCCCGAACUUUACAAAGAACUUACGACAGGGGCUUCUCUUUCUUACAGUACAUUUUUCGUUUGGGUCCUUGUUUCCGUCUAUCAGGGUGGCAUGAUUCAAGGUCUAAGUCAAAUUCUCACCGAGGUGGAUGGGCCUCAAAUGGUCUCAGUUAGCUUUACAGUGCUCAUAUUAAACGAGCUGUGUAUGGUUGCCUUUGAGGUCACGACAUGGCAUCCUAACAUGAUUAUAAGUCUUAUUGGAACAGCUCUUAUUUAUUUGGGGAGUAUUCCAUUUUUGGGUGGGUAUUUUGAUCUAGCAUUCCUAGUGACAUGGGGGUUUCUUUGGCGAAUUUUAGCCAUCUCUGCAAUCUCUCUAGUCCCACCGUAUGUUGGAAAAUCAAUCUGGACAGCCGUCAAGCCCCCGAGUUAUCGAAAAGUACGACCAAUCUGA